AUGGCGGGCUCGAUCCACACCUACGGUCCGAGUUGCCUGCUGGUGGACGAAGAGCAGGACCUCACCAGAUUUCAAUCGCUUCCAUCACCACCAGAGAUCCGGUCACAGUUCUUCUAUAUCUCAUCAUUGCCGAUCGAUGAUCCACUGGCUCCCCUGCCUCCACCUGCAAGCCACGGGACCGGCAAUGAGAGACUUCCUCCCACGCCAUUCUCGGCCAGGGAUAACAUCGCCUUAGAGGAAGCUUGGCAUGAUCUACGGGAAGCGAGAAAGACCAAAUUCGCUGGAAACCAUGGAUCCAGGCCAAAUACAUCGACAGGGCCGCCUGGGAUAGCUGUGCCCAGUCAUGAAUCGGUAUCAAAUGUCGAACGCCGCAAGGCAGCCAACCAAGAGGAUCCCUCCUUGGUUGGCAGUAGAGGAAGCACCCUGAGCAAUCCUCCUUCCUUCCCGGACGACCUGCCCUCUCACAGUCACAAGAGUCAUCUCGCUUUUGCUAUAGGCAGUGCUGGAAUACGACCCCGUCAACUCGGCAAGGAAAACCGCAUGGGCUCCCCACUAAGUGAUGGGUUUAAACACGACACUUCGAGAGGAAUUGCCAUCGAUCGGAAAAGAGCGCGGUCGUCUUCGGUCAAUGAGUCCAGUGCAGCCAAAAGAAGAAGCAGUUCUCCAUUGGAGGCUGAGAACGUGGAUGAAGGAGACGAGGAGAUUGGAAGUCUACGAGCUGAUCGUUCUCAUGAUGCAAGCAUGAGUGGCUCUCCUUUUAUACGAGCACCGAUAUCUCAACCUCAGACCCCGCUUGGUCGCUCAUUUGAGUCGUCUUCGUCAAGAGAAGGAGGCGAAUGGCAGGCGGAACUGCGAACCAGUACUGCUCAUCGAAGUGCCCCGAAACCUUCGGGCCUCAGAACGACUGUGAGCCUAGAUCAAUUGACCCAGGACUCGCAGAGGGAGAGGACAGAGGAGCCAAACGUACAGUCAAAGAUCCCGGUCGGUGUCUCACGACUUCAUCUGGUCGAGUUACCGAACCUCAAGAUGAAACCUAUCUACUGGAGCCCUCUUCAGGACAUAUCAAGUGUGGUCCGAGCUACUUGGUUCUACAAAAAUACCAUGUUGCCUGUUGAGACUGAACUUGCGAACAAAUUGGAGGAAGGUUACGUUUACUUGAAGCCAUGGAGCGACACUUGGCAAGAUGAACUGAAUAGUUGUGUAGAAAACGGGGCGGAUGCCGAGUUGAAAAUCGUUCACCCGCUGUGGACAAAACAAGACAGUCAGCCUACAACUGCACAAGCGCCACAGAGUUGUGAUUCGCCUCUGGAUGAGGCAGAGGAUCCCUUAAGAUUCGACAAGAAUCGAGCUGCUGGCGGCACCUCUGUUCACUCUGAGACUAUCAAGUCAUACCUCACAUCGAGUGCCAUCUAUGUCGAUGCAACAAAUGCCCAAGUACUUCGGCCCAGCUUACUUCCCUCAGUGUCGAGGGGACGACGACCUCUUAGUGCAAUAAGGAAAGGCCGUCAGAUAGGUAUACCUGUGGUUCGCGGCUUUAGUCGAAAAUUAUGGGAACUACUGCACCCAUCAAAGCCCAAUCCUAUCGAUGUGCGCCAUUACAUCCGCAAGACCCAGUCAAGAAGUCCUUCUGCGCGAGGUGAACAAAUAUGCUAUGCAUGCAAGAUGGAGGAGUCGCGACCACCUCCAACGGACUUGGUUCUCGUUAUCCACGGCAUCGGGCAAAAGUUAUCAGAAAGGAUGGAAAGCUUCCAUUUCACUCAUGCCAUCAAUGCGUUUCGGCGAGAGGUGAACAUGGAGCUCAACAACGAACCUGUCUGGCAGCACGUGCGCCAGGAUCAUGGGGGAAUCAUGGUUCUUCCUGUGAAUUGGCGCACGAAUCUGUCGUUGGAUGACCCCGACGUUGAGUCGGGCAUCGAAGACCCAGCUAGCAACAACUUUUCUCUUGCAGAUAUCACCCCCCAGACGCUUCCCGCUAUCAGAUCCCUAAUCAGCGAUGUGAUGCUCGACAUUCCUUACUAUCUGUCACACCACAAACCGAAGAUGGUCAAGGCAGUGAUUAGAGAAGCGAACCGUGUGUAUCGCCUCUGGUGUAAAAACAACCCAGGGUUUCAAGACCACGGCCGCGUACAUCUCAUCGCUCAUUCGCUCGGAAGCGUGAUGGCUAUAGAUAUUCUCAGCCAUCAACCAACACAUGUUCCUCGGUUUGACUUUUCCAAUACGGCUUUACACAGCGACAUUUUUGAGUUCGAUACUAGACAUCUCUUCCUCUGCGGAAGCCCAGUCGGCUUCUUUCUGCUUCUCAAUAAGGCUAGUCUUCUUCCCCGAAAAGGCAGAGACAAGCCAGGCAGCGAAGGUGACGAUUUGCUUCGUGGCGUUGCCGGUGAAGCGGGUCAAUAUGGCUGUCUCGCCGUAGACAAUCUCUACAAUAUCAUGCACACAACGGACCCAAUCGCGUAUCGAGUCAAUGCAACAGUGGACUCAGACCUCUCCAACUCCCUCAAAAUGGGCUCUAUCCCCAGCUCCACUUCCGCCUUUUGGCAAUCCUUCGGAAGCGUCUUCCGCUGGAGCUCAACCUCGUCAACAUUAUUGCCCGCCACAGCCCCUACCCGCCCAACAGCAGUCUCCAAGCUCCCAUCCAAUGUCGAGCUCGAGACCCACGACUUCACUCGCGAAGAGAUUGCUGAAAAACGCAUGCUUCUGCUCAACGAUAACGGUCAAAUUGAUUAUUAUCUCUCAGGUGGUGGCGGCCCGUUGAAUAUCCAGUACCUCAACAUGCUGAGUGCGCAUAGCAGUUACUGGACAUUGGGUGAUUUUGUGCGGUUCUUGGUUGUGGAGAUUGCGAGAAAGCAGGGGAGAGAAGGGACGCUGCUUGCUUUUCGGUCGGAGAAGAAGAAGGGAUGGAAGUAUUCAAAAGGGUGA